UGUCGAAAGUGCUGUUUAAUGCUGACACUUAUCGUUUACUUUGUAAAGCAAAGCAAUGGCGGCUGUUCAUGGAUUAAUACAUGGGAAGGCAGUUAAAGAGCAAAAAUACGACCGUCAGCUCAGGUUAUGGGGUGAUCAUGGACAAGAAGCAUUAGAAUCUGCGCAUGUUUGUCUUGUAAAUGCUACAGCUACAGGGACUGAAAUCUUAAAAAAUUUAGUACUUCCAGGGAUUGGAUCCUAUACCAUUGUGGAUGGCAAUCAAGUCACUGGAGAGGAUGUUGGAAAUAACUUUUUCCUGACCAAAGACAACAUUGGCAAGAGUCGAGCUCAAACUGCAACAGAAAUUCUUCAAGAGUUGAAUACGGAUGUCUCAGGAAACUUUGUGGAUGAGAGCGCAGACAAGCUACUAGAGAAUGAUCCCACAUUUUUCCAUAAGUUUAAUUUAGUAGUAGCAACACAGCUUCCAGAAAGCAUAUUGCUUCAAUUAGCUGACAAUUUGUGGAAGGCUGGCAUUCCUCUUUUGGUCUGUAGAACUUAUGGACUUACAGGAUAUAUGAGACUUGCCAUAAAAGAGCACACAGUGGUCGAAUCUCAUCCAGAUAAUGCACUAGAAGAUCUUAGACUGGAUUCUGUUUUCCCUGAGCUUAAGAAGCAUAUUGAUUCGUAUGAUCUGGAGCAUAUGGAGCGAAAGGACCAUUGCCACAUUCCAUGGAUUAUUAUAGUAGCAAAAUGUUUAGAAAAGUGGUGGUCUGAGAAAAGUCAAAUACCUAAAACUUACAAAGAGAAGGAAGCUUUCAGGGAUCUGAUUAGAAAAGAAAUUCUGAAAAAUGAAAAUGGAGUACCAGAAGAUGAAGAAAAUUUUGAAGAAGCAAUUAAGAAUGUUAACACAGCUUUAAAUCCUACAAAGGUACCCAGUGGGUUAGAAGAUAUUUUUAAUGAUGAUCGUUGUAACAACCUUACAUCCCAGAGUUCAUCAUUCUGGAUGUUAGCUUGUGCAGUGAAAGAAUUUGUAGCAAAAGAAGGCAAUGGAAAUCUUCCAGUACGAGGCACUAUUCCAGAUAUGAUUGCAGACUCAGAAAAAUUUAUCAAAUUGCAGAAUGUCUAUCGUGAAAGGGCAAAUAAGGAUGCAGCUGCUGUCAGUAAUCACACCGCUUCACUGCUGCAAUCGUUGGGCAAAAAUCCAGAAAGCAUUCAAGAGAAAGAAGUAAAAUUGUUCUGUAGAAAUGCAGCAUUUCUCCGAGUGAUAAGUUGCAGAUCAUUGGCAGAAGAAUACGGCACAGAAACUACUAACAAGGAUGAAAUAUCAUCCUGCAUGGAUAAUCCAGACAGUGAGAUGGUUCUUUAUAUAAUGCUACGAGGUGUUGAUAGGUUUUACCAACAACAUGGAAGGUAUCCAGGUGUUUAUAACUAUCAAGUUGAAGAUGACAUUGGAAAGUUGAAGUUGUGUGUGAAUGGCAUGCUUCAGGAAUAUGGAAUACCUGUAACUAUAAAGGAUGACUACAUUCAUGAAUUUUGCCGUUAUGGUGCUUCUGAACCACAUAGUGUCGCUUCAUUUAUAGGAGGGUGUGCUGCUCAAGAGGUUAUCAAGAUACUCACUGCUCAGUUUGUACCAUUUAAUAACACUUAUAUUUACAAUGCAAUGUCACAGACUUCAGCAACUUUCCAGUUGUAGAUGUUUUACAGUGUACAGCUUAAAUGUAUUUGAAUUGCAUAGAUCUUAAUUUGGUAGUGUUCUGUAAAAUAUUGGCAGAUUUUUUGCAUUUAAUUGUCUAAAAUAAAGUCGGUAUUUUCAGUUUUUAUGUAUAUUUUUUGUAUUAUGUUGUAUAUUAACUUGAACAUAUUCUACUUUUAAAAAAAUGUAAAUGAGACUGUAUUACAUAAAUAUUUUAAUUGAUAAACAUCUGAAACAUUUCUGGAUCACAUUAAUAAGGAUUAAAGAAAUCUGAAGAUGGAAAAGAAAAAUGAUUUAAUCUACUCAGUGUUAUGAAUUUUGCCUUCCCACUCGGUCAUUGUCUCCCUCCACGUUGCUGCCUCCCAUAAAAGAUUAAUAAAAUACCAUGUAAGAUUUUGUUGCA